UUGUUUCGAAUUCAUGGGAAACAUAGUUGUUUUCGAAUAUACUUUAAAUCAUUUUGAAGUCACAAUUCAUUGAAGAAAGUAAAAAAAAAAACAAAUAGUCAAAGCGUAAUAAAAUGCUUUAUUUUAAACUUCAUUUAUUUGUGAUAAUUUUUGCAAAUCUUCAGAUUUUUCAAGUGCAAGCAGCGAAUAUAUUUUGUUAUUACGAUACCCAGCGAAUAACUGAUGUGAACGCUGCGAUCAAUUAUUUAGAGCCGGCUCUACAGUUUUGCAAUUUUCUUAUAUACGGUUACGCUGGCAUUGAUAGUGAGACUUAUCAAGUGAAAUCCUUGGAUUACGGUCUCAAUUAUGAUAUAUACCAAGCCAUUACCUCAUUAAAGCUUAAACACAAUCAUUUGAAAGUGUUGCUCUCGAUUGGCGGCGAUCGUGACAAAAUCGACGACUUAGCCGAAGAUAAUAAAUAUUUAAAAUUAUUAGAGAAUCUCUCGUCACGCAAUGCCUUUAUCAAUAGCAUUCAAAGUGUCAUCAGAACGUAUGGUUUUGAUGGUUUGGAUAUGGCUUGGCAGUUCCCAAAGAAUCCGCCAAAGCAUGAAUACACCGGUUUCCGAAAGUAUUUGGAUACGUUAACGAGUUGGUUUAGAAAAAGGCCAGUCAUCGAUGAGAAUUCUGCUUUGCAUAGAGAACAAUAUGUGUCUUUACUAAAGGAGUUAAGACAAAGCCUUAAUCCGAUGGGAGCGAUAAUGACGAUGACAGUUUUACCUCACGUCAGUGCGGAAAUUUUCCUUGAUGUAACGUCAAUUGUAAAUCAUGUGGAUUUUAUAAUUUUGGCCGCCUUCGAUUAUCUUACACCUUAUCGUGAUCCCACAAUAGCCCAUUACACUGCUCCCAUUUAUGCUGUAAGUGAACGCGAUCCAUCUCAUAAUAUCAAUUACGACGUACAGUACUGGCUUAAUCACACCACGGCAACGAGUAAGUUGGUGUUGGGUAUUCCGGCAUAUGGACGAUCUUGGACAAUGAUUAAAAAAUCUGGAAUAACGGGUCAUCCUCCGAUAAUAGCUGGUGGACCAGCAAGAGCUGGCCAUCGUACCCUUACACCAGGUCUGCUUAGUUGGCCCGAGAUUUGUGUCAAAAUCCAUCAGAAUAAAGAGCUUGAAGGUGACGCGGCACGCUUUCGUAAAGUUAGUGAUCCAACAAAACGUUUCGGAACAUAUGCUUAUCGCUCGGUUGAUGAGAACAAUGAGCACGGUAUAUGGGUAUCGUACGAAGAGCCAAAAACAGCGGCUAAUAAAGCCGACUAUGCUCGUGCGAGAAAUUUAAGCGGUGUAGCUUUAUUCGAUCUAUCUAUGGACGAUGUAACGGGCGAAUGUGGCGAGGGAAAUUAUUCCAUAUUAAAAAGCAUUCAUAACAUUUUUAAGAAGUUCAACUAAACAGCCUAUCCUCUAAGGUUAGUUUAUUAUUUCUGUGGUCAGUGAAGUGGAGUAGAGAGGAGAGGAGAGGAGAGGAGAGAAGAAGAUUAAAGAAGUGCGAUUUGUAAAAGUUAUUCAAUCGUAUUCCGCUUUAUUUUUGAUCAUUUUUAUUGGAAAUCUUUUAAAUAAAUAUCGCGUCGAUGGCGCUGGUUCUACGUUAUGCAAUAAAUAUAAUAAGAGUUUGUCUUUGAAAAUCGGUCAUGAGGCUUAUCAACUGAAUUAAUUGGUUUACGGUCUAAACUAUGAUAUUUACCAAGGCGUUACCCUUGGGAAAGGAUUUGAUUCUACCACUAUGUAGGUACUAUGCAAUUGGCUUUGUGUGCACAACUUUCACUAAUGCCCUUUAAGGCAAAGUCUAUCUCCUGUCUGUUCAGAUUUGACUUUUGAAAGAAACAAUGUCUUUUUUGGAAUCCCUUGAAGAGAUUAGAUUAUCUGUUAACUAAAUAAUAUUUUUAUUAAGAACAAAUCUUUAUUUAUUAUUAUUAGGGAAAAAUUGUUUC